GGUUGGUAAACACUUGGAUGACCUUUAUGUGACGUCUGAUAUGAUUUGCAUUUAAAUAAGGCUAGAUUACUAUUAUGACAUUGUAACAAGAGACAAAGUGCACUCUUACUGUUGCUAGACUUGAGGUCUCGGUGGAUGACCACGGCCUCCUCGUGCAGAUAGUUCAUCCCUCGCGCAAUCUGCACGGCCCAGUUGACCAGGAUGUGCGGGGGGAUUCGCCUGCCGGUCAGCGCCCGGUUGAGCGUGCCCCCUCGGGCGUACUCCAUGACCAGGCACAGGUUGGGCUCGUCCAAGCACACCCCCUCCAGCUUGAUGAUGUUGGGGUGCUGCAGCAUGGAGAAAAGCUUGGCCUCCUGCUUGACGCUGGCCGCAGUGGCGGUAAUGUCCUCGUCGGGGUCCUGCCGGGCCGCCUUCACGGCCACCUCCUGGCCCUUCCAUGUGCCGCGGUACACCUUGCCGAAGCCCCCCACGCCGAUGAUCUCCUCCAGCACCAACUCGGUGAAGGGGAUCUGGACGGGCGAGGCCGGGACCCGCUCCCGCACGCUCGCGACGGGCAGACGGUAAAUGGCCGGCUGGUAGGUGACAUAGUUGGAGGGGAAGAUGCCGACGCGGUGGUUGAUCUUGCCCGUCCACCAGCCCUCGUCGCCGGAGAUGGCGGCGUCCUUGGACAGGACUUCCACCACGUCGCCGCGGCACAGGCUGAGCUCGUCCUCGCCGCUCGCCUCGUAGUCGUAUGCGGCCGUCCACAGCGACCGGGUCGGGCACAGCGGGGCCGAGUGAGCCCACGCGUGAGUGUGGCAAUCUGUCCAGGCAUGCUCCCUAAUCCCUCCACCACCGUCGCCUCCGCCCGGCCGCCCUUCACCGUUUGGGAAAGCGGCCUGCGAGACAUCCAUUUCUCGGUGGCCGUAAUGGCACCAUAGGGUGCGGGGCUUAAGCGGCUAAAUUAGAAAAGUAAAGGUGACUUUUAGAGCUCCUCAUGCUGUUGCAUUUAGUGGAUGUAACGGAGUGGAAUUCCCCGCCUGAGCUGCUGACACCGGCCAAAGUCCCUCGGCGAGGAGCGUCCCACAACGGACUGAAACUUUAUCCAACACCACUCCGCUCGACUCCGUCGACAACCGGCUACAAGUGGCUGGCUUAACGCUCGCCAAAAGUUGACAAACUGGGCCCCAGUCUAGUUGUCUGGUGUUUUAAAAUGUAACAGCGUGCAUUCCCAGUGUUAAACAGUUCAACCGUCGACGGGGGAAACGUUAACAGUGUGUCCCACUUGUGCUCGAAGCUGAAGCUAAAGCUAAAGCUAAUACCCUCGACUCCGCUGAGGCUUCGUCACAGGUGCCGCGGGGAGGAGGUGCACCUGCCCCGGGAAUAAGGAUGCGGGCGCACAGCGACGGGUUUCGCUCUCAAAGUCGACGUUUAAUGUCACCCAGCCGCCGUCCGGCCAUAACUCUAAUGGUAGGCGCGUGCGGGGGGGUUGCUCCUCUCUCAGUUGGCGACCUUUCGAAGAAGUUUCCACGGCAUUCCACACACACGCGCGCGGCUAACGAGUUAGCUCGGUCAGGAGGAGCGAUACGGUAGUUGAUCAAAAGUUGCUCCUCUCGGCUUCACAACUACCGGGCAGUCCUCGUCGGUGGGCGGCGGGUGAGCUCUCAAAAUCCCAUCCAACAUCCUCGACGUCAAAGUAACAGUGUAGGAAUGUUUGUAUAAAAAAAAAAAAAAAAAAAAAAAAAAAUGUGAGAGGAGGAGGGGGGUUAUCAAAACAACCCCCCCGGUGGAAGGUGGUCGCUAGUCGGAGUUUGGAGGACUAAAUGCGGCCGAGUCACAGCGGAUGGGAGAGGAACGCACGGGGCGGAGCUAGGCUGGCUGCCGCACUUUGAUUGGCGGAUUUGCUGACAUGUGACCGCCACCACAUGAGCGGGGGGGGGGGGGGGGGGGGGGGGUGAGCCGACAUAGCAAUGUGUGGAGAGCGCAAAAUCAUGCACAUUUUGUAUGGAAAUAGCAAUAUUAUAAUCAUUAGUAUAAGACCACAGUCUUCAAACUUUAGGCCUGAGGACCAAAUCCAGUCCGCUGCAUCAUUUUAAGUGGCUCGCUACAGCAAAUCGUGCUUCUACUAAAUCUCUGGUGUCAAACUCAAGGCCAGAGGGCCAGAUCCAACCCUCCACAUCAUUCUAUGUGGCCUGCAAAAGCAAAACAUGUUUGUCAAUUACAUCAUUCUUGCUGAAAUCUGUAACAAAAUCCAAACUUUUCACAUGUAAUAAAUAACAUUGAGUUAUUGCACGCCUCAUCUUUCUUACCAUACCAUACCAUAAUUGCACAUUGUCUUCACUUUCAAAAAGGGUGAGAUAUUGCAAGCAUUUGUGUUACCAAACCCCCUUUUAAAAUAAACUGAACAAUAGUUGAACAAACUAUUUUUGUUGACUUGGGACUUUAAAAGUUAUCCAUCAUUUUGUUGUGUAAAUGUAAUACUUCACAGUCACAAAGGCUACGCUGAUGGAUAACAUAAAUACAACGGUCGCUGCGACAAAGCUGAGUUUGACACCACUGUUGACUGUAGACUAUUGCUAGACAGACAGUCAAAGAAAUAUUAAUUUAACAAUCUGCUUGUUAUUGUGUAGUAAAUGUGUCCUGCACAAACUCUUAGCUCGCAGGCCAGAUCUGGGCCUCCGCAUCAUUUUAUGUGGCCCUUGAAAGCUUGCCACAGUUUCACCUUUUCACUUCUGUUCUAAGUUAUCCAUCAUAAAAAUGAUCAUAAAAAAAUGCAGCGGCUAUCCUAUUACAUAUUUGUGCACUAGCCACAACACUAGUCUGUAAUCAAACAGAUGUGCGAACCUUUCGGCUGCCGUGCUGCCAGUCUAUAAGACAUUUUGGGUCUUCCGUUCCACUGUUUCGGAAACCGUGCUCAUUAAGACAAAGGCAGACUAGCUCAUUGUGCUGUAUUAUGACGUGAGAUGUGAAUGUCUAGAUGAUGCUACUCUGUACAAAUCAACAGUGAAGGUGGAAAUCACAUAAUAGAAGAGGAGAGUGGGGAGGAGGGACGGAUGGGAAGGGAAGAGAGGCAGGGAACGAGGGGGGAGGAGGCGGUCAAAUCUGCGCAUCUGUCGAGCCAGCGAGGAAGAGGAGCCAGAGAGAGAGAGAGGGAGGGAGAGAGAGAGACAGAGAGAGAGAGAGCGAGAGAGAAAGAGGGGGGAAGGCAAGCUGAGCAGGAUGAGGACAGCGGCGUUGGGGAUGAUUCACCCGUCGACGCCGGGAUGGGAGACGCCAGAACCGCAAUGGCCAGGAGCGACGAGUCGUGAGGGAGGUGUCGCGCCGUAGAGGCAACAUGGAGGCGCGUAGCACCCGCUGAGGGAGAAAAUCUCUUUAUUGUAGCCUAGCAGCAUCAUCAGCACCAUUCGUCCGACCGACCUGAGCGGGGCGGAAGAGGAGGAGGAGGAGGAGGAGGAGGAGGAGAGGGAGGCAGAGAUGGGCUCCCACAUUGCUCAGACCCUGCGUCAGGGCGUUUGGGCGUCCCUGACCGGGGGCUGGUACCAUGACCCAGAGCAGCAGAAAUUCAACAACUCCUGCCACCUCUAUCUGUGGAUCUUCCUUCUCAUGCUGCCGCUGUCUCUGCAUUUAGCCCUGCCUCCGACCACCAUGGCCCUGAGCAUCUACUGCGCUUCCAUCACCAUCUUCUUCGUGCUGGUCAAGACGGCCAACUAUCGGCUACACGUGCUGUUUGAUGAGGGCGAGGCGGUUGUCCGCAGCAGCCUCUCGGACCUCAGCAAGGCCGCCGACAAGAAGAGCAACGCCGCCUCCGACGCCUGCCUGCCCCCCAACAUCAGGAAGAGCAGCACCAUCCCAGACAGCGUUGCCAUGACGAUGCUAGCUUGCAAGCGUCCCAGUCAGGUGAUCCAGGUGACCGUCAAGCAGACGGAAACAGACGUGGGACUGAUCGGGGUGGAGUGUUCCAAAUCAGAUGAGGGGAGGAUGGUAGAAGUUGCAGUGCCCUGCAAUGCUAAAUGCACCACAGAGGAGAGGCCAGGGGAGGCUGGUCCACACCCGAGCCCGCAGCCUUCCACGGAGAACCUCCCUGACAAGGUUGCCCCUUCGCUGCAGGCUCAGCAGAGGCCCCCAUCUGUAAAUGAAAGACAGGAGACUCAGUCUGUGAAAAUAAUCGACGACAACAAGGAGUCACCAGAUGAGAGAAGACGAGAGGAGAAAGACAAUGAGGAGAAUGAGGAGGCAUGUGGAGAAACAUCUCAGGGUCUUCCUCCCUGCAAAAGAAAGGAAGAUGACCGUGUUGAGACGGAGAGUGAGGGCCACAAGGAGCCGUCAGAUGCCAACAAUAACUCACUGGAGACGCCCUUGGAGUACCCUCACAAACUCAUCGACAUGCCAGACGCAGCUACACAGGACGAGCAAGGGGAGGAGACGUACUGCUCCGAUAAAAUAGAAGUGGUCCUCACGGACAGCUCUGGUCCGGCGUCUUCGUCUGCUCCUCCUCCUCACGCGGACAGCGAGGCCGACGCGGUCAAGAUCGUCAUCGCCAUGAGCUGCGACCCUCGCACGGCCGCUCAGCUGGAGGAGAGCGUCAAGCUGAGCCUGCUGGAGAACGCGCAGGCCCAAAAGGAUGCUGGGGAAUGUCACAUCAACAUCCCCGUCAUCACCUUUGACUUGCCUGAGGACGAGAAGCAGGAAUUGGAAGAAGAUGCACAAGAAAAAGAAGAAGCAGACCUAACAAAAGACGAACCCACUCGGAGGCGGCCGGCGAGCCAAAGCGAGGAGUUCUUCUUAUGCAGAGACACUAUCAGCUCAGAGUCGGCCACCUUGGAGUGUCCCCAUCUGGACCCGGCCAGCGCACAGCAGACCAACAACAACAGCUCGUCGGGCGUCGACGUCCACUCCCACUUCAACCCCGAUGACACGGACCCUCUAGUUUCCUGUGCGGACCCUCAAGGUUUCUUGCGUCUGCCGCCCGCUUUGGGGCGCUACGGUCCCGGAGGAAGGACGCACUUGCGUGGGCUGAGCAUGGACAGCGGGAAAGAUGCCGUGCUGCUCUCGGACCGCUCCCAAAACACAGCCACCAUGACCACCUCCAAGUCAGAUCUGGAGGCAAAGGAGGGUCAGAUUCCCAACGAAUCCAACUUCUUGGAGUUCGCCUCGCUGUUGGAGUCGCUCAGCACUCGAGGGAGCACCAAGGAAGAUGAAGGACCAGAGCUCCAGGCAGAAGCGGGAGCCUCCCUGGAGACGGAAAAGCAACACGCAGAGGAUGCCGGCGCAUCGUCCCGAGCGGACGAUCCCAAAGAGAUCAACACACACAGCAAAGCGGAGCGACCCAAAGCGCCCACCAGUCUGGCUCCCGACAAGUCUCUUCUGCCUAUACACAUUCCCAUCGUCUCACCAGACAGUCCGCAGACGGAAAAAGAUCCCGACUACGACUCUCUGCCUUCCCAAACGUCCCAAUCUGAAAGCUCCAUGCUGCAGGUCAUCUGUCGUCCAGAGGCUACGAGCAAGGAGGAAGCGUACACCUUCCACACUGUGCACCGAGAGAGGCCACGUAAGCUAUACGCGGAGCGGGCCCUCAACCUGCCGCUGGGAGCCGAGCUGAUCACAGGCAACGUGUGUGACCUGCUUUCCACUUCUUCCAACUCGGAGUGCCAUGACAGCACGGUGGGCGGUCACGCCGACUGUCCUUUCGAACGGCGCAUCAUUCCUUCGCACCGACUUCGCCCCCGAAGGACGCACCCCGAGAUCUUCCAGGAGGAAGACUCUUUAGAUGAUUCCUCAGAGACCACCACUCAGGAGAAGCCCACCAGGAAGAUAUACUACAAGCUCAAGCUGUUUCCUGGCAAGUGGGUCAACAUUUUAUACGACCGACUCACCUUGCUCGCUCUUCUGGACAGGAACCAAGAUGUUCUGGAGAAUCUGGUGGCUGUUUUCAUGGCCUUCCUGGUUUCCUUCCUUGGCUUUUUGCUGCUCAACGACGGCUGCUUCAAAGACUUCUGGGUUUUUCAGUUCUGUCUGGUUAUCGCCAGCUGCCAGUACUCCUUACUGAAGAGUGUUCAACCAGAUGCAGCUUCACCAACACAUGGUCACAACCAGCUGGUGGCCUACAGCCGCGCGGCAUACUUCUGCAUCUUCUGCUCGCUCAUCUGGACGCUGGAGCAACUCCUGCGCAGGAAGGACCUCCCCGAGUCCACCUUGUACGGCGUCACCAUCGUGUGCCGCGACACGCUGCGCUUUUUGCAGAAUCUGCUAGUGGGUUUCACUCACUGCUUCCCCAUCACGUUUCUGGUGGGCCUUUUCCCGCAAGUCAACACCUUCACCAUCUACCUGCUGGAGCAGAUUGACAUUCAUUUUUUUGGCGGCACAGCGGCUACAAGUCUGAUCUCCGCAGUGUACAGCAUCCUCCGCAGCCUGGCGGCUCUGUCUCUGCUCUACGGCUUCUGCUUCGGGGCCCUCAAGGAGCCGUGGGACGAGCAGCACACGCCGGCCUUGUUCUCCGGUUUCUGCGGCCUGCUGGUGGUUUUCUCCUACCACCUCAGUCGGCAGAGCAGCGACCCCUCUGUCAUGCUCUCGCUGAUUAAGUCCAAAGUGAUGCCCACGUUGGUGGAGGGUGAAGAAGAGGAAGGUCAAGACACAGACAUCGAAGACCCUCUGCCCAAGAAGCUGCAGAAUUCUAUGAAGGAGAUUCUUCUGUCGGACGUGAUCGUGUGCUCGCUCGCCUACAUUCUGACCUUCGCCGUCACCGCCAGCACCGUCUUCCUGUCGCUAAAGCCCUUUGUGACCAUCGUGCUGUACGCGCUGGCCGGGACGGUGGGCUUCGUGACGCACUACUUGAUCCCCCAGCUGAGGAAGCAUCACCCCUGGCUGUGGAUUUCGCACCCGCUGCUCAAGACCAAAGAGUACCACCAGUUUGAGCCCAGAGAGGACGCAGUGCUGAUGUGGUUCGAGCGUCUGUACGUGGGUCUGCUGUGCUUCGAGAAGUACGUGGUGUACCCCGCCAUCCUACUGAGCGCGCUCACUAACGACGGCUUCUCCCUGAGCCACCGCAAGAGGCUGGGGAUCCACUGCGAUGUCCUGCUGACCACCGUCGCCGGGAUGAAGCUCCUGCGCUCGUCCUUCUGCGACCCCAGCUUCCAGUUCCUCACCUUGCUCUUCACGCUGGUUUUCUUUCACUUUGACUGCCCGCGCGCUUCCGAGAGCUUCCUACUCGACUUCUUCGUCGUGUCCAUCCUCUUCCACAAGAUGCGUGAGCUGCUGCUGAAGCUCCACUUCAUCCUAGUCUACAUCGCCCCGUGGCAGAUCGCCUGGGGCAGCGCCUUCCACGCCUUCGCCCAACCCUUCGCCGUACCUCACUCGGCCAUGCUGCUGCUUCAGACGCUGAUCACCACCAUCUUUUACACUCCGCUGGCCCCCUUUCUAGGCAGCGCCAUCUUCUUCUCCUCGUACCCGCGACCCAUUAAGUUCUGGGAGAGAAACUACAACACAAAGCGCAUUGACAACUCUAACAGCUGCCUAGUGUCUCAAGUGGAUAAAGAGACGGGGCGGUUGUGCUCUCAUAACAACCGGCUUCUGCCGCCAGGCUGCGACGACAACAACCUCAACUCCAUCUUCUACGAGUACCUGACGCGCUCGUUGCAGCACUCGCUCUGCGGUGACCUCAUGCUGGGCCGCUGGGGCAACUACAGCGCCGGGGAUUGCUUCAUCCUGGCCUCGGACUACCUCAACGCCCUGGUGCACCUCAUUGAGAUCGGCAACGGCCUCGUCACAUUCCAACUCCGUGGGCUGGAGUUCAGAGGAACCUACUGCCAGCAGCGUGAGGUGGAGGCCAUCACGGAGGGCGUGGAAGAGGACGACGCCUGCUGCUGCUGUGAGCCGGGCCACUUGCCCCACAUGCUGUCGUGCAACGCCGCCUUCAACCUGCGCUGGCUGGCGUGGGAGGUGACGGCCACCAAGUACCUGCUGGAGGGCUACAGCAUCAGCGAGAAUAACGCCGCCACCAUGUUGCAAGUCUACGACCUCCGCAAGCUGCUCAUUACCUAUUACCUGAAGAGCGUUAUUUACUACCUGGUGCACUCCCCCAAGCUGACCACCUGGCUCAAAGACGCCACCAUUCACGAGGCGCUGCAGUCCUACACCAAGUGGCACCACAUCGAGCGAGACCCUCAGGUGUUUAGCGUCAAGAUAGACGAGGACUACGUGCACUGCCUGCAGGGGGUGACGCGAGCCAGCUUCUGCAACGUGUACCUGGAGUGGAUCCAGUACUGCGCUGGCAAGAUGGAGACGCCUGUUGACAGCGACGAAGACUCCCCUCUGGUGACUCUGUCGUACGCCUUGUCGGUCCUGGGAAGACGAUCGCUCGGAACAGCAUCGCACAACAUGUCUAACAGCCUGGAAUCCUUCCUGUAUGGUUUCAACACGCUGUUCAAAGGCGACUUCCGCAUAGCUACUAAGGACGAGUGGGUUUUUGUCGAUCUUGACCUACUGCAGAAGGUGGUGGCUCCCGCCGUCAGAAUGAGCCUGAAGCUGCAUCAGGACCACUUCACGUGUCUGGAGGAGACGGAGGAGGCAUCCAUCUUGUACGAGGCCAUCACGAACUACCGCAGUAGCCUGGUCAUUUGCCACGAAAGCGACCCGGUCUGGCGCAAGGCGGUGCUGUCCAGCUGCGACACGCUGCUCACACUGCGCCACAUGGUAGACGAUGGCACGGACGAGUACAAGAUCAUCAUGCUCUACAAGCGCCACCUCAGCUUUAAAGUCAUCAAGAUCAACAAGGAGUGCGUGCGAGGCCUGUGGGCAGGCCAGCAGCAAGAACUGGUCUUCUUACGGAACCGCAACCCAGAACGCGGCAGCAUCCAGAACUCCAAGCAGGCACUGAGGAACAUGGUCAACUCGUCGUGCGACCAGCCGCUGGGCUACCCCAUGUACGUGUCACCGCUGACAACGUCGUUCGCGGGAACUCACAGGACGCUGCGUACCAUCGGUGGAGGGGCUUCCGGCUUGGACGCCAUUCGUUCCUGGCUGUGCUCCAAAUGGCUCAGGGUGCGCAAAGACAACCUGAACAGCUGCAACAGCGGCGCCAACAUUGACGACGGUGACUGUGGCACCGGCGGGUCGUCGUCCCUCAGCCACAAUCGGCCGUCAUCAGUCACCUCCAACAGUCUGAGUGUUUACCAGCAGAGAGCCCCCCGGACCACGCGCAGCCACCGACAACACAGCUCAGCCAGGAGGGAGUAUCGCAGCAGGUCGGUGCAGCCUCAGACCCAGCGUCCGCCAGUGAGCAGCCAAUCGGGACCCAUCGUAGACUCGGCCUCCAACCACGGCCUGGUCCAGCGUCUGUCCAACAGCCAGCUGUCCUUUAACACUUCGAUAGCCUCCAUCUUCUCCCAGGUCCCUCGUUUCUCGGGAACCGGCGGGAUUAGCUCGCAGCUCCAGGCGGCGCAGAAUCAGCAGCGUUCCAGCCAGGUGUCCUCGUCCUCAUCCACCCUGAGCCUGCUGUUUGGCAAGCGCAGUUUCUCCAGCGGCCUGGUGAUCUCGGGGCUGUCGGCAGCCGAGGGGGGCAACACCACCGACACGCAGUCGUCGUCCAGCGUCAACAUCGCCAUGGGACCCUCGCACCGGUCGGGCAGCAGGGCCACACAGUGGACGUCCGAACCGUACGAAAGCAUCGACGAGACCAUUCCCAACGCUGCCGUCGAGCAAUCACAUGACCAGAGUGCUAGCCAGGGAUUGGACAAAACCCCCUCGGAGGACGCUGCUUCGAUAGCUCCUGAUCAAAAGACUGUGUGAGAACACACACACACGCGCACACACACAAUUUCACCUUUACAGAGAGGACGGUACAAUAUUUUCAUGUCAGUGGCGAGAGCCAUCGUGACGCACACCGACCUGCCUCCACAUUCUCAGCAUGUGCUCUCACCUUGUUCUCUGAAUGUACUGUCAACACCAUCAUGGAUACUGUCGACGAAAAAAAACAACAAAAAAAUCAUGUUUUAACGUAAGCCUUUCUGUGGUCUUUACAGGUAGGGGACUGCAGAUUCUUCAAGUCUCAAAUUUGCCUUUCCUUAAAUGUGCAGAUGACGGUUUUUUUUCUUUUUUCUUGAAGAAAUGUGACUUUUAUUCUUAUGUUACCACCAUUAUCGAAAAAAACCCAACAACUUCUUAAAAUUAAAACUUUUAAAAGGUCCGACAUUACAUUAUGAUAUGAUCUAUCUAUCUAUAUAGUGUAAUUUAUUUGCAGCAUUACGACGAGUUUCCUCUGAAGAAAGUAAGAAAAUAUGACUUUUUUUGCAAAAAGACUCAUAGCAAUGGUUCUCUUAAGUGUGGUACACGGGUUCCCUCUAGUGGUACACGACAGAAUCACUGAAUUGAACUUUCACACAGUGCAGUGUUAUAGUGGCUUAAACUUAUUUUGAAUUCAGUUCAGUACUGUUCAGUUGUAUUUAACAUUUUUCUUCAAUCUUUUAGAAGUGUUUGUUUUGAAACAUUUAGGUAGAAAUGUUGUCUUAUUUUUACUUUAAUGCGCAUUACUUUUUAAUUGAUUAUGUAUUUUUUUUUUUAAUAUUUAAGAGCAAUGUUAAUGUUCAAACUGUGCAUAUUGUUACAGUGACACUACAUUUUUUAAAUAUACUUUUUAGGAAUAAACUCUUUGCCUCAUUUUUUUCUGAAAACUUGGGCCUACUGCACUACUGUAUUUUAAUGUUGUCAUUAUGGUAGUACUUGGAGAGGUAUUUUUUGAGGUGGU